CUGCGACGUGCGAGUCCUGCGACCUGCGACUCCAUUUGGCACUCUUGCACGUUGCUCGAAGAGAAGCACAUGAGCAAGUCUUUAUAAACAUAAAUCCAAUCAAGUCCAAUGUUAUCAAAAAAAGUGGAAUAUUGCACAACACAUGUCAUUUGCAAAUAGAAUAAUUAAGAAAAAGAAGCUCGUAGAGGAAAUAAACUCUUGCCGACAAUGACGGAGAAAGUGCGAAGAUACGAGAAAAUCGACUUUUUGGGCGAAGGACAGUUUGCCACAGUUUACAAGGCAAAGGAUAUAGAAACAAAUAACAUUGUGGCUGUGAAAAAGAUUAAAGUUGGAAGUCGUGCAGAAGCUAGAGAUGGCAUAAACCGAACUGCUUUGAGGGAAAUUAAACUGCUGCAAGAGUUAAAGCAUGAUAAUAUUAUUGGCUUAUUAGAUGUUUUUGGUUAUAAAUCAAAUGUCUCAUUGGUAUUUGACUUUAUGGACACUGAUCUGGAAGUGAUAAUAAAGGAUAGCAAUAUAGUUUUAACUGCAGCCAAUAUAAAGGCAUACAUGAUUCAAACCCUACAAGGCCUGGACUAUCUCCACUUCAAUUGGAUACUCCACAGAGAUUUAAAACCAAAUAAUUUACUGGUGAAUUCUGAAGGCGUUCUGAAAAUAGGAGAUUUUGGCCUGGCAAAAUUCUUUGGGUCACCCAAUCGGAUAAACACUCAUCAAGUAGUAACAAGAUGGUACAGAGCACCCGAAUUACUGUACGGUGCUAGACUUUAUGGAACUGCAAUUGAUAUGUGGGCAGUAGGUUGUAUAUUAGCCGAGCUCCUGUUGCGAGUGCCAUUCUUGCCCGGUGAAUCUGAUUUGGAUCAACUCACCAAGAUAUUUCAGACACUAGGCACUCCGACGGAAGAAACGUGGCCAGGGAUGACCGAAUUGCCAGAUUUUAUUCAAUUUAAACCCUUCCCUGGCAUGCCUUUGAAACACAUAUUUACUGCUGCCGGCGACGAUCUCCUAGAUUUAAUUGCUAGUUUCUUGAAUGUGAAUCCACUAGAGAGAUGUACGUGUGAUCAAGCGCUACAAAUGCCAUACUUUAGUAAUAGACCUGCACCUACGGAAGGACCUAAAUUGCCUCUGCCCACAACUAUUAAACGUCAACGUGAAGAGAAACCUAGUCUAAAAAGAAAAUUGUUAGAAUCAAUAGAAGGAGCAUCUUUAGCUAAAAGAUUGCAAUUUUAAUUAUAAUUUAUUAUAUUAGAACAAAUGGAUGAAAUAAUAAAUCGUUCGCCAGAUACAACAAUGCUAAUUUCGAAAGAUCUAAGAAUCAAAAAUUUUUCUAUUGUGAUAAUGUAUAUUGAAGUAUUGUAUCACAUUGUAGUAAAUAAUUUUAUAAAAGUAUUACUCAAAUUGUAAUAUAUUAUUAUAUUAUGCAUACAAAAAA